CAGCCCCCUCCCCUUGUUGUGAUGUAGUUCUUAUCUCAGCCCCCCUUGUCUUGUUGUGACAGCCCUGAUAUUGUUUAUUGAGGUGGAUGUCAGGUAUAAUUAGCAAUCGAUAUGGAAAACGUUUCCUGCAAAGCCACGUCUCUGACGUCACCGCCGAUUAAGGUUUCUUAUUGGUCCCAAAUUCCCCAAGCCUGAGCUAAUUAUUGGGAGCUUGAUGUUGAUAAAGUAAUGCUCAUCCUGUGCUGGUGGCAUGUCCCCUCCUCACUGGUCACUGCAUGCUUACUAAGGUCCCACCACCAGCAGCAGCAGCAGCAGCAGCCCUUCAGCUGUGGCAGCUCUAUCCAGGGAGAUGAUGGACAGCAGGCUCCUAGAGCAUCCUCAUGCCCAGUUUGGAGGCUCCAUGAGUGGCAUGGUGGGCUUCCCUUACCCCCUCAGCCAUCACCACGUCUACGAGUUAGCCAGCCACCAGCUGCAGUCGGCGGCCGCCGUGCCCUUCUCCAUAGACGGAUUACUAAAUGGCUCCUGCUCUGCCUCUGUGGUCAACCCGACCCCUCUCCUCCCCUCUGGAUGUGGGAUGAAUGGAGACAGUCAGCAGUACAAGUUGUCAGACUCAAGUGACCCGGAUAAGGAGAGUCCAGGGUGCAAAAGGAGGAGAACCAGGACCAAUUUCACUGGAUGGCAGCUGGAGGAGUUGGAGAAAGCCUUCAAUGAAAGCCACUACCCGGAUGUGUUCAUGAGAGAAGCUCUGGCACUGAGGCUGGACCUGGUGGAAUCUAGGGUUCAGGUUUGGUUCCAAAAUCGCAGAGCAAAGUGGAGAAAGAAAGAAAACACCAAGAAAGGGCCUGGAAGACCGGCCCAUAACUCUCAUCCGACCACCUGCAGUGGAGAGCCCAUGGACCCUGAGGAGAUAGCCAGGAAGGAACUUGAGAAAAUGGAGAAGAAGAAGAGGAAGCAAGAGAAGAAGAUGCUGAGGAACCAGGCCCGCGGCCAGCACUCACCUUCUAUGUCUCUCCACACCCCAAGUUCUGACAGUGACAGUGGCCUCUCCCAGACUCAGGACACCUUCCCUGUAGAGUCUAAAUUUUCAGACACCAGAAACCAAACGCAGCCAAGCUGUGACCCAACAGGGCAAGCCUUUUUCCCAAGCCAAAGAAGCACAGGACAAAAAGACAGGGUCAAUGACAAGGACUCAUCUACAGAGGCCAACCACAACUCAGGCUUGUGUCCAAAUGCAAGGGGUUCUGCCUUCCAGAAGCUGAACCCCUUCAGUGUGGAAAGUUUACUGUCAGACUCACCUCCCAAGAGGAAAGCAGGUGUGGACUUCUCAAGUUUGUCUGGUCCCAGGACCUUGAUUGGCAAGGGUCACUUUUUACUGUACCCCAUCACCCAACCUCUUGGUUUCAUUGUACCACAGACUUCUGUUAAAAACAACUCAGCCCAGGAAACCAGUACAAAUUUGGGUGGGCAAAGAGACUCCAGUCAUAGUACGAACAACUCAAGUCAACCCAAUCAUAGUACUUCCCCAAAACAUACACAACUGUACCAGGGGAACAGCACAAACUCUACACAGGCCAGCCUUCCCAUAUGCAAGACAGAAGGUCUUGGCCAGAUAGGGGUUCCUCCUUGUCAUGCCCAGGCUGCUUCAGGAGACACAGGGACUGGUCAAUCACAGGACAGCACUUUUUCAGAGCCAAAGUCUCCUAUGUCCCCAACAACAGGAGAAACCCAACCCAGAGACCCAUCAGACUGUUCAGACCCUGCACCUCUAUCCAGCACCCCAAAACCAAGCUUAGACUGUGAAGACGUAGAUAUGGAUUAAAACCUUCCCCCAUUCCCUAAAACCACCAAUAACCUGAAAAACAACCCUCAAAGACUCCACAGACUUCAUACAUUCCCAAAGCUGAACCCACAAAUUGUCCAUGGUUCUGUCUUCAGCCUGUAGAACAAGAAGUGAAUAAUCAGGAAAGAUUAUUUAGCACAGUUCAACUUGAUAGGAGAAAGCUGUUUAUAAAAAUACAAAAAAUAAAGAAAAUAAUAUAAAAAAAUGAACCAUAAUCAUAAACCCAAAACAGACAGUAAAAGCAACGAGAAUCCUCAGUCUUGUAAA